UAAUUAUAUUGAGCUUUCAUUUAACCCACAUAGUUUAUCUCCAAUCUAUUGACCCUUGUUAUACCUCAUAAAUCUACGUAUAACUGUUGCUAAUUAUUAUUUUUAUAAUCAAGUUUGUGACUAUAAAAACAAAAAUUAAGCACCAUCCAUCGUGUCUUAACUUUUUCCUCUUCUUCAUAAACUAAGCACCAUCCAUCUUAUUCAUGUCAAUUAAUGUUUUUCACUUUUCACAAUAAAUCCAUAACUAUAUAUAUACCAACACCUUCUCUUUACUGUGUUUAGCUAAAUAUACAGUCAACCAAAACAAAACAUAUCCAUGGCGUUCAAGAUCAAGAACGUACAUUCUUUACUCAUCUUCAUCUUCAUCUUCAUCUUCAUCUUCACUAUAUCACAAACAACCGCAUUAAUCACUACAGAAACUUCCACAACAAGCAACACAUUAGGGCACUGGAUCCAGCUUCAAAAUUCCAUAGGCAUCUCAGCCAUGCACAUGCAAGUAAUGAAAGACAACAAAGUAAUCAUCUUCGACCGAACCGAUUUCGGUCCCUCCAACAUCUCCCUCUCCAACAACCGUUGCCGUUACAACCCUCACGACAUGGCUCUCAAACUCGACUGCACCGCUCACUCCAUCCUCUACGACAUCACCACCAACACCCUCCGUCCUUUAACCCUACAAACCGACGCUUGGUGUUCCUCCGGUGCAGUCUCCCCCACCGGAACCCUAAUCCAAACCGGUGGCUUCAACGAUGGUUACACCAAACUCAGAACGUUUACCCCUUGUCCUCAUAACAACACGUGUGAUUGGGAAGAGCUUCAACAGAAUCUUUCUUCGAGUCGUUGGUAUGCUUCGAAUCAGAUUCUACCAAACGGUAGAAUCAUUGUCGUUGGUGGUCGUUCAUCUUUCUCGUAUGAGUUUGUUCCCAAGAGAUUAAACGACGCGUCGUUUUAUCAUCUUCGUUUCUUGCAACUCACGCGAGAUUCCAAUCCUGGUGAAGAGAAUAAUCUUUACCCGUUCUUGCAUCUUUUACCGACGGGGAAUCUUUUCAUCUUCGCGAACCGUCGUUCUAUUCUGUUUGAUUAUGAACGAAAUAGGGUAAUAAGGGAAUUUCCUAUUAUACCUGGUGAAGAGAAGAGAAAUUAUCCAAGUACAGGUUCUUCUGUUAUGUUGCCGUUGAAUUUGACGGGGAAAAAUGGGACGGAGUUUAUUGAGGUUGAGAUUAUGAUCUGCGGCGGCGCGUUUCCCGGCGCGUUUGAUUAUGCUAGUAAAAAGAAGGUGUUUCUAGAAGCUUCUAGUAGUUGUGGGAGGUUGAAGGUAAGUGACGUGGAACCGGAAUGGGUUAUGGAGGUUAUGCCAGUGCCACGUGUCAUGCCGGAUAUGUUGCUUUUACCGACGGGGAAUGUGAUUAUUUUGAACGGUGCCGCGAAUGGUACAGCGGGUUGGGAAAAUGCGGCGAACCCGGUUUUGUAUCCGGUUUUGUACAAACCCGGUUUGGAUAACCCGUUUAUGAAAUUUGAGUUGUUAGCACCAGCGAGUACACCAAGGAUGUAUCAUUCAUCAGCUGUGUUGUUGCCAGAUGGCAGGAUAUUAGUGGGUGGGAGUAACCCGCAUCGGCUUUAUGACUUCCAGGCCAAGUAUCCGACUGAGUUAAGUUUGGAUGCGUAUUAUCCAGAUUAUCUUCGGCCGGAGUUGGAUACAUUGCGGCCUGUGAUUGUUGCGGUGGAGGUUGUUAAUAGUACAUUGUCGUAUGAGAGUUUGUUUUCGGUGUCGUUUUUGUUGAGGGAGGUGAAGGACGUUAAUCGGAUUCGUGUUUCAAUGGUGGCGCCAUCGUUUACUACUCACUCGUUCGCGAUGAAUCAACGGUUGCUAUUUUUAGAAGUUACCGCGUUGGAGGAGGUUGUGAAUUCUAUGCAAGAUCAAAAUUUUGGUGAGUUUGGUUUCGGGAGCUCAUUAGGACCGGGAAAGAUUGCGAAUUCGGUUUAUAAGGCGACGGUUCGUGGGCCCCCAUCUCUUAAUGUGGCCCCACCUGGAUAUUAUAUGCUUUUUGUUAUCCAUGUUGGAAUUCCUAGUGUUGCUACUUGGGUUCAUGUUCACUGAGUAUGGUUUUGGGCUUUUUGUUUAGAAUCUAAAAGAAAAUGAUUUUGAAAAUAAAAAUGAAGCAUGGAAAAGAGUCAUGCAUUCGUUCAUUCAAUGACUACUUUGAGGCUUUGGCCUGUUGUACAUUUUUGAAUUCCCGUUUUGAUUUUAUAAUGGGAAUUUUUCAUUCUAUUUAUGUUACCAAGCAAUUUUGGUAAAUUUCAUUUAUGACUGGGUUUGUUGUUUUA